AACCACAACAUAGGUAUCGAUGACAACCAGCGCGGAUUUUAUAUAUGAAAAUUGCGUUUAUUUAACAUAACGCGUAUUUGCCAAGUGCAUUUUCAUUCUCGACUAUCAUUAAAAGUCUAUAAUGACGCAUGCAGCUGCGUUAAUGAGCCGUAUGUGAACUAAAGUGCUUCUGCUGAACUCCUGCUGUUGUUGUUUUGGUUGUUUGCUUGCGUGGUAUUGGAUAAACAAGUGUACAAAAAAUUAUAAUAAUACAAAACCAACAACAACAACAAAAACGAAUCAGUCUACGCCGUGAUUAGCAAUCACCUGUGAGUCGUCACCUGUGCGCGGUAUCAAACAAUAGAUCAGCAAAAGCCGAUGAACAACCACUGACGUUGAAAACGACGACAUUUACGACGGCGGUGGUGCGACGGUGACGGACGGUGGGCAACACCAACGCAGCGAAGAGAAAGACGGAGGCGAAGAGUAUGAGUAAUAGCGUUGAAAGCAACGGCGGCGCAAGACGCACCGUCGAUUGGCAGCGCUUUGGACUUGGUGGCGAUGACGAGGGUGAGGUCACUGUGGCAAACUUUCGCCAGCGCAACAACAACAAUACAGGCGGCUUUGUCGAUCUGGGUAAUGAAUACACCUACGCGGCUGGCGGUCAUCAUGCAUCCGGAGCCAAUGAGAUCUUUGCUGGCGAACAGGGCGACAAGCCAUGGUGGCGCUCCAACUUUUUCAUAUCUCAGCCGGUGCUUUUUGGCACCUGGGAUGGUGUGUUCACAUCCUGCCUUAUCAAUGUAUUCGGCGUUAUUGUGUUUCUCCGCUCUGGGUGGAUUGUGGCCCAGGCAGGUAUCAUUAAUGCCGUACUCAUAAUCUUCUGCACGGUUGUAAUUGCGCUGGUCAGCGUGCUCUCGGCCAUCGGGAUCUGUGAGCGAUGCCGCGUGGAGAGUGGCGGUGUUUAUUUCCUUAUAGCACACACGCUGGGCUCCCGUUUUGGGGGUGCCCUAGGUCUGCUUUAUUGCUUUGGUCAGGCUGUCGGGUGUGCGCUAAAUGUUAUGGGUUUUGGGGAAUCCAUGGCAGGCCUUGUCGGACUUGCGGGCAACAAGUGGGCCAUUCGAGGAUUUGCAACGGCUGCUGUGCUGCUUCUGGGCUGCAUUAAUGUCGCCGGAGUUAAGUGGGUCAUUAAGUUACAAUUCAUUUUGCUAAUGAUUCUGCUGAUAUCCGCGUUGGAUUUCAUGGUUGGGAGCUUUGUGGGCGAAGAUCCGGAUAAUGGCUUUACAGGCUGGGUCAGCAGCAAUUUUCUGGAUAAUCUUUGGCCCAACUAUGAAAAUGGGUAUUCUUGGUUUCGCGUCUUUGGCGUCUUCUUCCCCACCGUCACUGGCGUCUUGUCGGGUAUUAAUAUGAGCGGCGACUUGCGUGCGCCAUCUACAGAUAUUCCGAAUGGCACAUUGGCCGCCUUUGGAACCUCCACCUUUUUGUAUUUGGUAUUCGUGCUAUUUUUAGGCGCCACGUGCCAACGUGGAGUGCUUCUUAAUGACUUCCUAAUCUCGGUGAAGGUCUCGGCUAUUCACUUUCUGCUGCUCGCUGGCAUAUACGUGUCUAGCAUGUCCUCGUGCCUGGGUGCCAUGUACGGCACACCACGUGUUCUGCAAAGCAUAGCCAAAGAGAGUGUUAUACCGGGCAUCGAUGCUCUGGGCAAGGGUCGUGGACCCAACAAGGUGCCAUUGUAUGCAAUGGCUGUUGUGGCUAUAGUUACGGUAUCAUUCAUCAUUGUGGGUGACAUAAAUUUUUUGGCGCCUAUUGUGACAAUGCCUUUCCUGAUGACCUAUGCUUGCAUAGACUACUCCUAUUUUGCUUUGGCCCAAACUUUUGAUAUACAGGAGCAGCGCGAGGAACGUUUCCGCAUACAGGCCUCAAGUCCAAGCUAUGAGACCCGUCGCUAUGGCAGCGUUUCGGAUGCAGGCAAUGACUUGGACCUGCUGUUCCCGGAUCGCGUGCGCCACAAAAAUCUCCAGAGUCCACAGAAUUCACCACUACAUCAAACGGCACCCUUGCCGACAGUCACACGUGUGCCUUCCGAACCGUUGGAGCAUAAUGCUGAGGCGCCAACAACAUCUGCACAAGGCCAAGGGCUACCAGAUUCCACCGCCCUGGCUAUAGAUGGCACCAAUACGCAAACACCACCAGCCCACGACAGCGGCGAAGUGGAAGAUGAGAACGAACCCAUUGCGCCCAUUCGUCCGCCCAUUCAUUCCAAAACGAAAAACUGGUAUUCUGGUUUCUGCAAUCGUUGGGCAUCGCUAUUAGGUGCGCUGACUAAGUUGUUAGUGAUGUUGCUGGUCAAUUGGUAUUAUGCAUUGACCUGCUUCCUGGUGGUCUUCAUUGUCUGGUUCUAUGUAGGAACAGCCAAUCCCGCUGUCAAGCCUGGACUAACGGCAGAGUUCAACUUUUUCGCUUGGCUCAAAAGUGUCAUUUUCAGAUGUUUCGGGAAGCGGAUGCAUGAGUACGAGCAAAUUGUAGUGACACCUUCCUGUCCGGGCGUGGAUCUGUCGCCCACCCAGCUCAAUGAUGAGAAUGAAGAUUUUCAUCCGCGUCCCAACUAUCAUCAUUCGUCGGUGAUCGAAGGUCGCCUGAUUGAUGAUAUAUAGGGCGGAAAUCUGGGUAAAUGCCGAGUGUGCGGCUGUGGAAAGCAAUAUUUUUCAGUGCAUUUUCUAAAUAUUAAAUUAUAUAUAUAUAUAUUAUAACUAUAGUAUAUAUAUAUAUAUAAAUAUAUAAGUGUAUGUAAGCAUAUCCUACAUAGGUGCUUGUGUGUGGAAGCCUAGGCAUUGUAGGCACAUAAUGUUUAGUCCACAAUAGACACAUGCUAACAAUUCUGCGUUUUGGGGCACGCACAGACACCAAAGCACACUACCUUUAUAACCCAUCUUCCCCUCGUCCUCUGCAUUAUCAACCUCCCAUACUCACUUUAGCCCGCGCACAGUGCAGUUUUAGCUAAAAGCGUUAAAAGCUAAACUAAAAAAAAAAAAAAAAAAAUUAAUUUUAUAAACUAAUUUAUUAGAUUUUAAUUUAAAAAUUGCUUUUAAUGUGUUCCUUUUUGUCGGUUAAUUUUUUUUCCUAAUUAAGUGUGUAAUUUUUUAAUGUAAUUGAGAGCCUGUAAAUUUGUUGCUAAUAGGUAUGUUUCCGUAAGUUUUGUAUCGUCUCAAAGCACACACAGCAUAUUUGAGGAAACAUAUGUGAUACUGAGAUAAUAAGUAAACAACCAAAACACAAAACAAAUUUGAAAUUGGCGCGUUUGCGUUUAACACACACACACUUUCAUACAAUGUUGAAAAAACAAAAGAACAUGUGAGUUUAAUUUAUA